AUGCACACCUUGAAGCUUGCUAUAUCGCAUCAUGGUACACAUCAGCUACAAGUGAUCGAUACUCACAAUCAGAGUGUCAGUGUAGCAAACGAGGAAGACAAUCUACGAUUAGAAAUUCGUCUGUCACGCGAAUCAGCAUCGUUGACCACGGUGGACUACUGUGUCGCGAUAUCAGUGGACAAUGAUUCGGCAAUGACUAAUAUUGAGAAGAUGCGAGGAGAUAUUUCACGAGAAGUAUAUCGUCGCAGAUGUGCCAAAAGCGAGCAGAUUCCGGAACUUCCAAUCCAAGAACUGAUCACACUUCGUGAGACGCUAUGGCCCCCGGUUCUGUCCACAAAUCCCGUACAAUUGUCCGAUUCGUUUCAACUGCUCCAUGUUCGUGCAAAAAAUCAAUAUGUGCAAUUUAUUUGCCAAUUGACUGACUGCACGGGAACUCCUGACGAGUGUGUGCUUCGAUCAUUUCACAAGAAAUUAUGCAAAGAAGGCAAUCCGGAUUGGAAUGUGACUAAUUCGUUUCUAAUUAGUCCGAAUAUUCAAGUACUUCGGUCGAACGUGCAUAAAGCUACUUCUUGUCCGUCAUUCUCCUGUCUAUCACUGCAACAGCUCCUGUUCGCCUGUUUGGGUUUAAUAAUACUGGAUUUGCUCAUUUGCGGACUGUUGUUUUGGAUCUAUCGUCGUCGAAAUCGAAACAUCAGGAACGCAUCCAUUCCCCGUCCGGAAUCGAUCGCCUCUUUAGCUCCACUACCCACCACCAUUGCUUGGACGUUCCCAGUGGAAAAGAAACCAGUGUGCGGGUACAAUACACAUCGGACCGCCUGUACCGUCCCAGGUACAUUCGCUGCCACGUCUGUGGGCAAUCUCAGCGAAGCAGUAGAUCAUUGGGUUCAUACACAGCUGCUUGAUCAGGACAAAAGGAUUCCAUCAAUCGGUGGCGUUCCGGGUCGGCAGCAUCGGCUUGUGACUUGUGAUUUAUCCUGUCCACAUGAGCUGGAAACAUCACAACUGUUUCUCGAUUUAAACGAGGGAAAGUACCAUUUACUAGAGACUGGCAAUGACAUGUGCUUGAAUCAAGAAAUUAUUUGA